GCUAAUCUUUUUUCGAAAACGUAAUCUCAAAUAGGAAUAAUUUUUUACUUAUUCUUUGCUCUUUUAAAAAUAUGGACGAGGCAAAAAAACCUUUUUUAAUUGGAGUCGCAGGAGGUACAGCUUCUGGAAAAUCGACUGUCUGUAAGAGAAUUAUUGAAAAGCUAGGACAGGCAGAUAUUAAUGAACGACAAAGACAGGUUGUUUCUAUUAGUCAGGAUAGCUUCUAUCGUGAACUAUCGGAUGCUGAGAAAGUUAAAGCGCAAAAUGGCAAGUUUAACUUCGAUCAUCCACAAGCAUUUGAUGAAAAACUAAUGUACAGCACAAUGCAGGACAUAUUGCAAGGAAAAAAAGUUACAAUCAAUUCCUACAAUUAUCGUACAAACUCAUUGUCUCCAGAAGAUCAAAUUACAAUAUAUCCAGCUGACGUUGUUAUAUUUGAAGGAAUUUUAGUAUUUUACUUCCCAGAAAUUAGAGAUCUCUUCCAUAUGAAGCUAUUUGUUGAUACAGACAGUGAUACUAGAUUAGCUCGUCGCGUUCCAAGGGAUAUUAAGGAACGUGGAAGAGAUUUAGAUCAAGUAUUGAAUCAAUACAUGAUGUUUGUGAAGCCAGCGUUUGAGGAAUUUUGCUCACCCACAAAGAAAUAUGCUGAUGUAAUAAUUCCGAGAGGCGCAGACAAUACUGUUGCUAUAAACCUGAUUGUUCAUCAUGUGCAAGAACUCUUACAUCCAAGCACUGGAACAAACGGAAUGAACGGCCAUUACAAUAAUGGAUCUAUGUAUUUGUAAUCAAUCACAGAUUAUGAUGGGUGCUAAAAAUGAACAGAUGAACUUACUACAACGAUUACGCCAUGAUUCCAUCACAUUUUAUAUACAAAAAGAAUGAUUUUUUUAAGAUUCCAAAAGUGAAAAAUAAGAAAAAUAAGAAUUAACAAUUUUAGAGCACAAAAUUUGUGUAUUUGCAUUCCUCAAAAUGUUAGAUAUUUUAGAGACAGACAUAGCACAUACAAAAUUUGGAUUUACAUUCCUUUUCAAAAGCAAAAACAGUUUAAUUAAAGUUUCCGAGCUAAAGUGUCACUUUUUAUACCUCUUAAUCAUUUAUAGCAGCAAAAUUACUUACUUGUGUCUAAUGAUUUUUUUUAUAUAUCUCAUACGUAUAUGUCUAUGUGCCACAUAAUUGUAAUACUAAUGUUACUUAAUCGAAAUGUUUUGUAUUGAUUUUUUAAAAAUAAUGAACAGAGCCUUUUC